GCCCUCCAUCAGAUGCGGCAGACCAAGCACGACUACGACACAGAGCUAGCGGUCUUGGACUUCAAGGACGCGUUCUUCCUGAUGCCGCUGCACGCUUCCGAGCGCAAGUUUUUCGUGCUGAAAUUCCGGGGCCGCUUCUUGGUCUUCAUGGUCACCCCGCAGGGCAUGUAUGAGCCGAGGUCGUUGUUGCUGAGCGUCCACGUGGACGACCCUUGCAUGGCCGUCACAGGCACGAAGGCCGACAGAGAUCUCAGGAUCGCCGCCAUCGCGGUGCUUUGGAACGCGCUGGGAUUCCCACUCUCCUACCGCAAGGCUGCGAGAGGCAUGGAGGUGACUUGGGUCGGCCGCACCUUCGCGCUCUCCCGCGAGAUGGUGGCCCUCCGGGUCAAGCGCGCCAUCUUGGAAGACCUCGAGUCCCAGGUAGGCCAAGCGUUGGCUAGCAAUGUCUGCUCGCGGAAGCUCUUGCGAAGCCUGACGGGCAGGGCUUCCCACGUGGCGUCGGUCAUUUGGCCGUUGCGCCCGUUCCUGCAGCAGCUCUGGGCCGCCUUAGCCGCAGGGGCAAGUGGGGCGCCGCCGCAAUGCGUGUGGACGCGCCAGAUCGAGGGGUCCUUGUUGUGGCUUCGCGCCUUCCUCUCUGGCGCGGCGGGCACGCUAGUGCGGAAGUUCGUCUUGGCGGAUUUCUUCAACGAGGGCGUGUUGGUCUCCAUCACCCUGGAUGCCUCCCCAUGGGGGCUCGGGGCCAUCUUGGAGGAGGCAGGCCGCGUCGUCGAAUGGUACGCUGUGCCGCUGGACGGCUACGACGUGGCCGUCCACGGGUUCCAGCUCGGCGACGCGGCGGGCCAGCAGACGUGGGAGACCCUCAAUGCGCUGGUGGCCCUGAGGUGCUGGGCUCCCAGAUGGUCCAACAGGCGUGUAUCCUUGUACGUCAGGGGUGACAGCGUUACAAUGCUGACCAUGCUCCUCUCGUUUCGGCCUGCCACGCGUAGCGGGUCCCUGGGCCUCAUUGCCAGGGAGGUCGCUCUAGACGUGGCGAGCGCGGUGUACGGCCCAGACGUGGUCGAGCACGUUCCUGGUCUCGCGAACGUCGCAGCGGACACACUCAGCCGACGUUUUGCGCCAGAUGCUGCAGCGUGGAGUCCACCCCUGCUCGUUGCUGGCGCCUCGGAGGUGCGCCCGCCACCGAGAACCGAGGCUUUCUACACAACGGUGAAGGGUGCGGCUGCCUACGCGGCGGCCGGCAAGCCAGGGGGAGAGGUGCGGCAGGACCACGUGCCUGCAUCGAGGGUUUGGCAGUGA